AUGAAUGUGUUGACCUAUUCAGAAUUUUGUAACAUUGUGGGUGAGUCAAUUCUUGAAAAAUGUCGAACAGUCUCUUCCAUUUUAGAGUCAGAUGAUAACUUUUUUGCAAUUUACAAUUUAUGGCAAAGAUUUGAGGCUGCAUCGGAAAACAAUAAUAAUUAUAGAAUUAAUAAUGACGUGGACCGUGGCCCUUUCGACAAACCGACCAAAAUCGUAGAAGACAAUUAUGUGACUGAUAUUAUAGAAGAUGACGAAACCCCUAGGUCGAUUCUUGAUGAAUUUACAGGUGAGUUAAUAAAUAAAAACGAAGAAAGAGAAGAUGAAAAGAAAGAAGUGUAUAGCGAGCCGACACUUCAGAAUAAUUUAAUAGAACGUAGUCUCACUCCGCAGCCUAGCACGUCAAAACAAGUCACAUAUUCGACGGUUUCCAUAAUUUCUAAUGUAUCUCUAACUGAAUACUUGAAACAAAACUUACCAUUAUCACCUAAGCGACAAGGAAAGCGCCAAAUAGAAAGACUGCCAUUUGCUUUAACUUCAGACCAAUACGUGGAAAGAAUAAAAGCAAAACAGUUAAAAAAGAUUGAAGAAGAAGCUGCAAAAGAGGAAAGAAAGAGACUAAGAGAAGAAAAGAAGAAGGAAAAAGAAAACAGUAUACCUAAGAAGAAAAUCAAGAAAAAAAGUGAUGGAAAAAGCAAAACAAAGAUAAUUGAAGAAGAUAUAUGCAAAGAAAAUACUGAAAAUACAUAUGAGGUUAAUGAACAAAAAGUUUUUUGUGAUUUUUGUUCGAAUCUCAUUACAAGUAGGGUUAUUGAAUGUAACCAGUGUAAAAAACGGUUUCAUUUAAAUUGUAUUCCGUCAUAUCACAGACUCCAUGUACCUGUGGAAGAUGAGGAUCAGUUUUUGUGCCACAUGUGCUAUCGAGAGAGUAAUACUGACUCAUCUGACGGUGAUUGUGAUGCCAUGUUUAGCUCUGCUUGUGAAGAAGCACGAAAACAAGGCUUCGGUUCAAACUUUAUGCUAUAA